CAAGCGGACCCAACAGAGAAAAAAAAUAAAAAAUCAGAUACAAUUUCCGUCCAAAGCUUAACAGAUUCCACAUGGCAAGACCAUUAACCACGUGUACAGACGCACCCCAGAAGCCUCACUUCUGACUUUUCUUCGCCAAGUUUGCUUCGAUUUUCGUCCUUUGUUUGCCCAGAUCUCUCACCUUCAGUUUUAUUCGUGCUUUCUGUCGUCAGUUUCGGACGCUGAUCCAAUUGAAGUUAUUCGCGCACAUUUUUGCCAUCUAUCUAGAUCUGGCGUUUGUUUGAGGAUAGAACUGCCGGAAUUAUUAUAUAAUCAUGUCGGAAGCAGGUCAUCAUCCGGCUCUGAAAGCUGUGAGCCUGACUCAUGUCCGAUAUCAAAAGGGCGAUCGAUUGGGUUGUUUUCUGGCAUGGGUUUCAUUAAUCCCUGUUUUCAUCAGCCUUGGCGGAUUCGUUUCUCACUUCAUGUUCCGCCGGGAGCUCCAAGGUAUGUUCUUCGCUUUAGGCCUUUUGAUUUCCCAAUUCGUUAACGAAGUCAUCAAGACUUCCGUCCAGCAAGCCCGGCCCGAAACCUGUGCCCUCCUCGAAAUUUGCGAUUCCCACGGAUGGCCCUCUAGCCAUUCCCAGUACAUGUUCUUCUUCGCUGUCUAUUUCACUCUUUUGACCCACAAGCGAAUUGGGAUCAUACUGAGGAAUCAAAUGGUGGUUGUGAUUCUCUUGAUUUGGCCUCUGGCGAUCUUGACUAUGUAUUCCAGGGUGUAUUUGGGGUAUCAUACGGUUGCCCAGGUCUUUGCUGGGGCUGCACUCGGAGCUUUACUUGGUGGCUUGUGGUUUUAUGUGGUGAAUUCGGGCCUUAGAAGUUUCUUUCCAAUAAUUGAGGAGAGCCCAUUCGGGAGGUUCUUCUACGUGAAGGAUACUUCGCAUAUACCCAAUGUAUUGAAAUUUGAGUAUGAAAAUGCGAGGGCCGCCAGGAAGCAUGCUUCUUACAAGCGUGCUGAUUGAUUGUGGACUUUAUGCAACUGAUGUGGGGUAUUCGUUGCUCGACGAGGUUAUAGAAACACAAUACUAGCUAUACGUCUUUGCCGAUGUUUAUUUGAGGCUUAUUGGAGGACUCUUGACAGAGCACAAAGGAGGGCUCUUGGCUGAGCAUCCUUCUGAAAAUUCUGUUUUUUGUUUAGUUCAGUUGGAAGGCAUCGGAGGAGUGAUUGUAAUAGAUGAUGAUGUGCAAUGUACAAUACGUGGAGCUCAUCACUGAUGAUUAGUCUUUACAUUUUACAAUGAUCUCUUUCCUGUCUCUGUCAUUAUUUGUGCAGAUCAGGUUUGUGUUCAUUCUGGUAGGAGACAUUAUUGAUGAAGGAUUUAGGCCUGUGAAUUUUAUUUAUUUAUUUUUUCGUUGGUUAAAAGUUGUUAAAGUUCAGGGGGAAAUCUCAAAAUGCUGCGCAAAACACCAAUGGCUUGAUGAGUGACAUAGAAUAGCUUGCAUUGUAUCUGCUAAUUACCAGACUCUGUGAUACCAGGGUUACAAAGAGCACAAACAGGUUCAAUUCAAUAUGUUCCAUACAAAUCGUUGGCUACAUGAAGCUGCUGUAUUUUACUAUGUUUGGCCAAAACAAGUACUAUUUAAAGCUUCCCGGAAGAGAAUACCCCCUUGUUUUUGGCAAAUUUAUAAGAUUACUACAGGUCUAAAGCAAUGCAGGAACUUUGUUCCAAAUAACUUUGAAUCUCAACAUGUCCUGGCUGAGUCAUGCAAGUUCAGGAACAUAUAAUAACUGCACGGUAUCAUUUCCAUCUCCCAACACAAAAAAUCUCUUCUGCCCAAGGAUGCCCGUCAACAAAUUAAUAGAAGUCAACUUCAUCCCUCACUUAUUGAGCUACAACCUGGUAACUUCUUCGACCCAGUAAACUUCUCUGCAUCUCUAAGCUGUGCAACGUCUUGCCAUCUUUUAGCAGCCUUGUAUAUGUUUCCCAGCAUCACAUAGUACGUCUGAUUAUUUGGUUCAAUCUGGAUAAGGUUUUGAAGCGCUAGCUCAGCAACCUUGACAUUUUUGUGCACCCUAGCAGCGCCAAGUAGUUCAUAUUACAGCAUCUGCAUUUAUAGGCAUUUUAUUCACAAAAUCCACAGCUUGCUCAAGAAGUCCAGCACGACCAAGAAGAUCCACAAUACAACCAUAAUGCUCAACAUGAGGCACAAUUGCAUGUUCAUCAAUCAUUGAUUGAAAAUAAGAGAAUCCAUCAUCAACUAACCCCGUACGAGCACAAGCACAUAAGACGCCUACGUAUGUAAUUCCAUCUGGUUUUUCUCCAGCGACUUUCAUCUCCCUAUACAGUUUUAAGGCAUCAGCUCCAUGACCAUGUACUGCUAAGCCAUUAAUAAUAGUGUUCCAGGAAAUCGAAUCCUUUCAACCCACGUCUCUAAAAACAUUCAUUGCACUUUCAAUCAAGCCGCACUUUGCAUAUAAUUCUAUUAAACCAUUACAAACGAAAAUAUUAUCCUUGCAUCCAAUUCUGUCAGCAUAUGCAUGAACCCAUUUGCCCAAAUCAAGUGCGCAUAACCUUGAGCGUGCCAUGAGCACAUACAGUAGCGUGACAUAAUUAGGCGGCACAUCAGAUUCAUUACGGGCAUAUCUGCUCGAAUUGUUUUUCACACCCUUCAAUACUCCAUUGUUGGCAUACCCGUUUAACUAAGUGUUCCAAGAUAUCAAGUCCUUAUUCGGCAUCACAUCAAAAAGCUUUUUAGCCUCCUUCAUAUCCCCAUGCUCAAUAUAUCCUAUCACCAUGGUAUUCCACAAUAUAAUAUCUAGCUCUGGCACCAAAUCAAAGAGCCGUCUUGCUAAAUCUAAUUCACCAUUCCUUAGAAAGCCAUUUAUCUUGGAAGUCCACAUUACAACAUCCUUUACAACCAUCUCAUCAAACACUCUGUAGGAACAAUGAACUUUUUGUGCACUCGAGUACACAUCAACCAAAGUUGAAGCCACAAAGGUAUUUGACUCAAAUUCAACUUUCAAGACCAAAGAAUGUACCUCCUCGCAUUCUUUUAAAGCCUUCAACUUUACACAGGCUUUGAGCACCAACGAAAAUGUGUAACACCUAGGCAGUAUAUCUUGUCCCCUCAUAUUCUUAAACAGCAAUAAUACAUCCUGAUACAUGUCAUUUUGUAGAUACCCCUUAAACAUGGCAUCAUAAACAGACGCAUUUCUGUACCUAAUUUGAUCGAACACUUUGUGGGCAUACCCAAUCUGGUUGAAACUAAAACAUUUAGAGAGGAAAGUUGGGACUACAUAUUGGCUGGUAGGGUCAAGGCCGAGAGUUAUGAUAUGGGAAUGGAUUUGUUUGAGAUGAUUGGCGGAACUACAUGAGUUCAAGAGCGCCAAAACAUUAUGUUCGAGGAGUAUGUGGGCGGUCUGGAGGAGAAGUUCAGAGCAAGUUUAGCUAUUUUUGCUAGGCUCAGCGUCCAGGUUGGUUGCCCGCGGUAAGCAUCAAAUGCUAGUAAAGCUAAGAGCCUAAUAAGGGCCGGACCCAGUUACCGAACACUGCGGCUGGCCGCUGAAGAUAGUCGGAAUCGGCCGCCAGAGGUGGGAGGCAUCAGGAUCAGGCGGGGGAGGCUGGAGGAGUGUACUUGACCGUUAACUUUUUUGCUGUCUGGCUCGGAUAAAAUUAUUU